AUGGCUCCCCACGCACAACCAACCGUCGCCUCUCAAGAACGAAGCUCCUCCGACUCGACUGUCUCCUCCUUGAAGAGUCCGCGGACCGCUCGUUUUGCUGAGGCGACCACGGUUCACUCCCCGACCGACCCCACGGCCCACAAGUCCCCCUUCGCCGACCCUCCACAUCAAUCCCAGACCCCACCCGAUGUCUCUGACUUGGGCUUUGGCUAUGUCACCGCUGCCGACCCGGCGCAUCAUGCCCAUCACCAUGCUCCGGCCUCUCCCCUCCGGAGUGCCCUCAAGGUUCCCGGCACGCCGGGACGCACCUUGAACCCACUCAGCCCCACCUUCCGGGAGGAAUUCUAUGUGGAGAAGCAAGAAAAGUCGGCCGAGGAGGAGAACGCACGCGAUGUGAGAAUCAAACUCCGGGUUCGCAUCGCCAAGAUCUUCCUGCGUUUCGUCAAUUUUGGCUGCAGUCUGAUCGUCUUGACCAUCCUGGCCACCACCUUGACCAUCUUCCAUGCCACCAAGUCCCUGCCUUCCCGCAGCGGCUUCCCCGCAUGGGCCAAUGGCACGAACCCCUGGACCCAGUACCUUCUUCUGGCCGUCUCGGUCGUCUCGCUGGCCGCCUGUCUGAUGGUCUUCUGGGCUUAUUGGAAAGGCGGUCACAAACGCGCCGAAAAGGUGGCCGUUUACUACACCACCUUUUCGGUCUGUUUCUUCGCUUUCAGUCUGAUCAUGUGGGUCGUCGCCGCCGCCCUCUACCAGAAUGAAAAGGCCAAGGGGAACGGCAAGGACCUGUGGGGCUGGUCCUGCAAGCAGAAUCCUCGGGAGAAGUUAUUCCACAAUGACAUUGAUUACGCUUUGCUCUGUCGUCUGCAGGACUGGGGACUGGUGUGCGCCAUCAUCGAGAUUGUCAUCGAGGUCUUGAUCAUCCUCAUCUACGCCGUCGUCUUUUACCGCUUCUGGACCAAGCGGCGGCUGAUGAAGUCGAUGGACCGUCGUGACAAAGCCCGCUCCGACUUGUAUCUCGCACAGCUGCGAGUCCAGUCGGCCCCCAACACGCCUGGCUUCCCGCGCACCCCGAAGACGCCCUUCGUGACCGCGGGCCCGGCGCAGGACCCGUAUUCCGCCGCUGAGAAUGGCGAAUCCUGUGCCACCCAGUUCGCGACGCCCCGCUCGCCCGCGAAGCCCCAACCGACCUUCCAACUCCAGCCCCCUCCCAUUCGCGUGCAGCAUGCGACGCCCAAGCAGGACCAGGCUGAAUUCGCGGCCCCUCCCGCCCCGGCGCCCAUGUCGCCCCCGUUGGAAGGUCCCGCGCAACACAUGGAGGCGGCCCCGGGUGAGCGGACAUAUGAUGCCGUUCCCAUUCCCGAGGCGUAUACCAGCCCCAUGGCCCCGGGCUUUCCUCCGAAUGCUCGGCAGUGA